AUGGAUGCCACUCCUCUUAUUGAUAUUGGAGAACUUGAUUUUGAUGAAGAAUACCUUUGUGAUGAUUCCCCUCUUGAUAAUUUUCCCCCUAUCCCGUUUUCUGUUGGUUCGUCCACACCUGGGCCCCAACAAAAAAGGAAGAAAAAACGCAAGGCUUCAUACUCCGCUCUUGAUAAGUCCCUUAUCUUGUCCAUACGACCUCAAUUAGGGGGGCGGGAUUGGGAUGAUAUUAGUGGUCUCCUUAGUCCUGACGUUCUGACUCUCCCCCCUGACCCUCGGGGUAAUAUCACCGAGCCACCCAUAGAUAAGUAUUUUGGGGUCCACCUUUUGUCGCUACAAGUUGGGUUGCGGUUUCCCCUCAAUAGGUUUGUGGUAGAGUUUAUGAACCACUACGAGAUAGCCCCCGGCCAGCUUGUUCCCAAUGGUCACCAGGUAAUUGCGGGCUUUCUUGCUCUAUGUAAGGACAAAGGGAUAGAACCCACGCUAGAUCUCUUCCAAGCUUUUUUCAUAGUUGGUAGGGCUUCUCAGGAGGGUAAGGGAUUCGUCCAGAUUUCGAGCAGGCCACAUUUCAAACUUUUUGAGGACCGUCCUACUUAUAACAAGGAUUGGAAACCAAAAUAUUUCUUUGUCACCCUCGUGGGUUGUCCGUCUCCCUUUCGUUUCUCGUGGGGAUCCCAUUUACGUUGUCCUCCCACUCUCGACAUGAGUCCCUCCCUCCGCCGAGAUGUAGAUGAUUUAUUGGGAGAUGGUCUUCUAUCGAUAGCUGAUUAUACUGCCGAGUGGAAGCUCGCGGGCUUAGGCUUCGUGAGGGCUCGUCCAGCUGUUCUUUCACCCACGGGUACCAUGUCUUCAUCUUCGAGAACUAACCGAUACUUGUCGCGACCGGAUCCCCCCCCUAAGAAGAGCAAGGUGGAGAAAGGAAAAAGGAGUCAAGCCGAGGCCACGGAGGUGAUGCCGCCUCCGCCAACACGCACGCCGACCCCAUCCAAGAUCGCGCGGACCCCGUCCAAGAUCGUUGAGCGUACGCCUACCCCAACAAAGGUCACUGAGAGGGUGCGUACACCUGCUUCAGCCAAGGUUGACGAGGGGGUGACGGGGCCUCCACCGACUCGCACACCUACGGCCGUUACCUUUUCCCCUCAACCCCCCGAGGUGCAAGGAGACACUUCCAAUGAGUCUAGCUCGCGUGUCCGGACCAACUUGAUUCGAUUGGGAAUGGACGUGCCACCCGGAGCGUCGUUGAUAAACAAGAGUCUUGACGCGGUUGAGUAUGCUGCCCGUAUCGCUCCUCCUGCGGACGUGGAACACCUUGUAGCCAUGGAUGUCAACAUGCUGCAAGAGCGUUAUCUCAGGCACAGUUUUGAGGCCCUGCUAGAGGGACAGAUCAUUCAUGACCAACGAGGGCGGGUGAUGGACUCGCUCAUUGAGGAUGUUAAAAUCAGGGACGCGGACAACAAAAGCCUCAAGGACUUGCUAUCGAUCCGGGAAGGGGCCUUGAGCAAGAUGGAAGGCGAGCUUGGGGCGCUAAGGAAGGAACACCAAGCAUUGUUGGCUCGGGCAGAGGCUAUAAGCAAGAUGGAGGGCGAGCUUGAAGCCCUAAGGAAGGAGCACGAAGCGGCUAAACUCGCCAUUGUGAAGGAGCGGGAGGACCACGAGAGGACCCGUGCUGGCCACGCCGACGCCCUCGGCCGGGCUGUGGAGGUCUAUAAGGAUUCCGCCGAGUUUAAAGAGGACGUGAUGCGCUAUAUGACUACUCCUGAGGCCAUCCAGGAAUUCCUCAAAACUGGGGCCGGUCAAGAAGCGGUGGAGGCCGAGGCACAUGUGGCUUUUAGCAUUGGGCGGUACACGAAGCAACAGGAGCUCUUUUCAAUGCUGAAGGAGAAGGUUCCGAAUUUUGACCCCGUGUCCCUUGGCUUGCCUAUAAUAGAGAAGAAUCCGGAUCCUGAUGCUGAGGAUGAAUCCACACAUGAUGUUACGGGCGCUCGUGAGGACUCAUUGGACGAGUUUCACGGCAUUGAUACUAGCAACGUCGCCAAUGUUCCACUUGAUCACAUUAUGAUUGAGGAGUUCUCAGAUCAUGAGUAG